AUGACGACGAAUGCUUGCGAUGUGAACCACCUCGACGCCGAUUCGCUUCUGCCUCCACGGAAGCGAUUACUCGCCGGAUUCAAGAAACAGAACUCGGAAUCCGGCAAUGAUGGAUCUUCACCGAGCCCUCCUCCUCCUCCUUCAUUCGGUUCCUCCUCCUCCACUUCAUACUCAAACGGCUCCUCCUCUGCUUCGACCGAUGUGCAGACCCAUCUCCACAAUCUGAUGAAUGAUAGCCAGAGCCGGUCUCCGGAGGAGCUAGCUGAGGCGUCGAAAGAAAUCGCGGCUUUAGCGGCUAAGGCUGCAAAAGCGGCGAGAGCUACCGCUAAUGAGAAGGCCAUCAUUGCUUCAAGGGCAGUAGCUGCAGCCAAGAGGGCUUUGGAGGUGCUCGCUUCUUUUCCGGCUCUGACGGUGAAGGAGGAGUGGUCUCCGAGGAAGAACAAGCAGACGAAACAUGUCCCGGUUCAGCUCUUGUAUUCGAAAGACGAGGAUUUGGCUCGGAGGUUGAACCGGGCUAUAAACAAUUCCCCUAGAGUCGCGACCGGUGCGGUGACGAGUACGAUGUACGAUGGGCAUGAUGUUGCUGGUGUUGUGGAUUCGGAGAGCGACGAAGACGACGGAAGCAGAGGAAACGGGAAGCUGCUCUUGGGCGAUGGCGCGAUGAAGGAGAAAACAGGGGAAGCGAGUAGCUCAAUGGGGAAGAGAAGAGGAAGAGCGAAGGUGAAGAAGUUACCUUUGAGCAUGUGUGACUCCAAGGAUGAAGAGAAUGGGAUCAACAAUGUUGGAGCGAGUAACCCGCUGGCUGAGCCGGAAGGUUCUGAUGGUGGUGUGGAACAGGUUAGAUCGUAG